AUGUCAGCAUAUCUGAUGAUGGUCAAAAGCGAACAAGUGAGGAGCACUAAUCAUUUAAAACGAAUUGUGCCAAUCGGAUCAACUGUAUCUCUUCCAUCACAAUCAUCUAUAUUUCCAACAACAUCAAUCGUCAUUUCUCAACGAUCACCUGAUAUACAUGCAAUUGAUAUAUCUUCAAUCAAAGGCCGAUUUGCAUGGGAAAAAAUAGCGCUUGGCGACACCUACAUGCCUGUUAUUUUUCGUGGUACAACAAAAUAUUUUUGUGUUAAAAUGCUUCGUAAAUUAUUAGCUGAAUAUCCUGAAGAUAUUUUACGUCGUUCAGCAUAUUAUCAAUAUCGAAAACCGAUUGCUUUAUAUGUAGCAACUUCACAUGAACUUGAACUAUUAAAUCGAAUAAAUGCUCAACAUUCUCAUUGGACAUAUGCACGACAACCAUUUACUGUUGCUGAUGAACUUAUACGUGUUUCGGAUUUUCUUCCAUUUUAUGAAUAUCUUCGUCUGUCAUUUAAACCAACGUCUAUUCCACAAACUACAUCAGCAAAUUCAUUGAGACCAAUUUUACCACAAGCUACAAAGCAAUCAUCAUCGGAUUUUAGUUUAAAUACAUCAAAUUCACUUCUUGGACAUUCAACAACUCCACUUGCAACAACAUCUACUCAGAUACAACCAUAUGUAGUACAAGAAAUACAUCGUGAAAAUAUUUCAUCGAUUUCACGACCACUAGCACCACCACUACCCCCACCACCUGUACAACGUCCUCCUCCACUAUCAAAAUAUGAUGUGCAGCUAUCUACAGUGCCACGACAAGUACCACAACCACCUUCUACACAACAAAGAUUACAAUUACCUCCACCACCUAUUCAACAACCGAAAGCAACAUCGUCGAAUGCUGUUAUGAAUUCAACAAAUACAGUGCUUCCAAAUAAACCUUUGACUACUCCCGCUGUAACUUCUGUAUCUCAACCAUCAACAUCAACUACACCAAUACCAGCGAACAGUUCUUCAUCUCCGGAUCCAACUGUUUCAUCAUCGAUAGUAAUAACUAGUCGCAAGUUAUCAACAACUUCAACAGAAAAACAAUUGACAUCGACAUCUAGACAACCAUCAUCAUCAUCAUCAUCUCCAGUAUCAAAACCAUCUCAGCUUAAUUCUGGGUGGUUACAAAUAAAUAAACUCUAUACACCUUAUGUAUCAUCAAGUACAUCAAAUCAUCAUUUAUAUAAAAUACCUGUUAGUCUUCUGACAUUUUAUGAUCUUCUUAAAAUUCCAUCAUCUGAAAAUAAUACAAAUAAUCCAAAAGAUUUACCAUUUUCUUGUGAACAAACACGUGUUACACCACAAGAAAUUGAACUUAUUAAUGAACUUUGUGUCAAACAACAUAUUAAACCAUUUUCUGAUGAUACAAAACUUAUUGAUUUAUUAACAUUUUAUCAAUAUUCUUCAACUAAUGUAUUAUUUAUAAAAGAAUUACCAUUAAAUGAUCCAAAAACAUCUAUUUGUAAAGAUUGGACAUCAAUUGUACAAAUUAAUGGUGGUAUUUGUCGUUUACGUAAUAUAGCAACGUUACAUGAACAAACUGUGCCAUUUAUUGGAAAUAAUUUAUUAAAAAAUUUUAUUAUCUCAUCACAAUGUUUAUCAUCAGCAUCAUUAACCACACCAACCACAGCUGAAAAUGAAUUUCUUCAAUUAAUACUAUUCUUUAGUAAUAUGUCAAUAAAUUUACAUAAUGCAAAAUUAAUCGAUAUUGAAUCUGUACGAAAAGAAUACACGGUUGAUUUAAUACUUUUAUUUAAUGAUAAAUUUCCUUUAAAUGCACUUAAUUAUCAACAUCAACCCAAAACGCCAUCAUCUUCACAAGGACAAGCUACUCAGUCAGAUUCUCCAGCAGCAACAAAUACGUUUGCUGAAUCAACACCACCUCCAUCGCCAACAUCACCACAGACAAAUAAUCAUACUGUUACUUCGGCAUCUCAAUUACCAGUGGCAUCCUCUUCAUCGAAUCGUUAUCAAAAACAAAUUACAUUUCAUGGUCAUUCAAUGACAGCAUACAUAUGUUCGGGUAUUGAAACCAAUGCUCAACGGGAAUGUAUUUCAGUUAGAGAAUUAUGUAAUAUGCUUUAUCCAAAUUCAUCAAUAAUUGAUAAACUUGAAACAAGAAUGCUUCGCUUAUUACGAAUAAAAAAGAUCAAUCGAUUUCGACCACAAAAUCAACAAUCAAUAAGUUUGACUCGUUUAGUUGAUAUUCAAGAUAUUGAAAAACAUUGGGAUUAUAUUGAAAAAGGAAUGCAUUCAUUAUCUAAUAAUAAUGAUGAAGAAAAGAAAAUUGUACAAGAAAAUACUUCAUCAUCAUCGGAUAAAGAUUUAAAGGCAAGUAUAUCAAAUAAAAUAGAAAAUAAAAGAAAAAUACUUGUGCAAGAAACUUCGAUUGAAGUAAAUCAAAGUGAAAAAAGACCAUUGAUGAGUGAAUUGGAAGAUGUACCUAUUGUGGAACAAGUUUGUAAACGUGGACGACCUUCGGGAGAUGAUAAUAAUGAUAAUAAUGGUAAUAAUAAUAAUAAUAAUAAUCACAAUAAUGAUGAACAAUCAAAAUCGGUAUCAACAAAUUCAACUCAAACAAUUGAAUGUAAUCAUUCAAAUAAUAAUGAAACAAAAGAAGAUAAAAAAGUUGAUAAUGAUAAAAAUCAAAUGAAAAAUCGACGAAAUUCUCCUCCACUUCCACCUCCACCAACUUCACCAAUUAAACCAAUCCUUCGACAUCAUGAUAAAGAUACUAGACAGAAAAAACUUCAACCAGCAACUCGACAUCUAUCAACUGAAUCAUUAAUAUCAUCACGAAAAUCCAUCACACCAAUAAAAAAGAAAAUAAAAAUUAUUAGAAAACGACGAACACCACGUACACGUUCACGUAAACAAUCCAUUGCUGGUUGGCUUCAAAGAUAUAACAUUGAAGAAUUUUGCAUACGUUUGGAUUUUUAUAAUCCAAAUGCUGAAACUGCAAAAAAUUAA